AUGAUGAGUCGAACAGUUCUUGCUCUUCUUUUGGUGACUAUUUUGUUGGCGGUUGGUGAAUCGCGCAAGGUUUGGUCUUCCAGACAAGUUCAUCGGCAUUUAAAGACGUGGGUUUUUUUAUUUUGAGAAAAAAUCGGAGCGAGCACAUUUUUUUUGUUUUUUUAUCUUAUCAAAAUGACCAUAAUCUGUCAAUAAUAAAAGUAUAACCAAGUUAUUUUUAAGUAUUGUAAAACAAAAAUUGCCUCAGCGGUUAAAAAGUUUUAAAGCUACAGAGCCUGAAUUUACCUUUGAGAAAAUUGUUAUUUUCUUCAAAACUCUGAAUCUCGACGACGAAGGGUUUUUUUGAAAGUUCUAAAAUCAAUUGACAGAUGUCCAUUAUCAAUCAUCUUCAUUGCUCUGAAAUCCGAUAGGGUCACUCACAUGACAAAAUCAACACACAAGAAAAAAAAACACACAGUUGUCCCCCAGCUCUCCAAACAGACACAAAAAUGAACAACAUAUAUGAGUUUACAGAAUUCCACUCACCAAACAAACCACACUUCGUGCUCAAUUAUAUAGUGCUGGAAACUCUCACACAUUUGCCAAACAUCGUGAUCAAUAUCACACCAAAUUUGCCGAUAAAUAUGACAAAUUUUUGGAUGAAGAACGACUUAGUCAACCACUUGGUGAGAUUGAUGAGAUUUUGAGAAAUUAUAUGGAUGCACAAUAUUUUGGAACUAUUUCAAUUGGUACUCCUGGUCAAAAUUUUACUGUUAUUUUUGAUACUGGAAGUUCGAAUUUGUGGAUUCCAUCGAAGAAAUGUCCAUUCUAUGAUAUUGCUUGCAGUAAGUUAUUGAAAGAACCCUUUGAAACCAUCUAAAUCAUUUUUCAGUGCUUCAUCAUCGUUACGAUUCAAAAUCAUCUUCAACUUACACUGAAGAUGGUCGUAAAAUGGCAAUUCAAUAUGGAACUGGAUCAAUGAAAGGUUUCAUCUCCAAAGAUACAGUCUGUGUUGCUGAUAUUUGUGCGGAAAAACAACCAUUUGCUGAAGCUACUUCUGAACCAGGAAUUACAUUUGUUGCCGCAAAAUUCGAUGGAAUCCUUGGUAUGGCUUAUCCGGAAAUUGCUGUUCUUGGAGUUACUCCAGUUUUCAAUACACUUUUUGAGCAAAAGAAAGUUCCAUCAAAUGUUUUCUCUUUCUGGUUGAACAGAAAUCCGGAUUCGGAAGUUGGUGGAGAAAUUACUUUUGGAGGAGUUGAUAACAGAAGAUAUGUUGAUCCAAUUGUUUAUACUCCAGUUACUCGCAAAGGAUAUUGGCAAUUCAAAAUGGAUAAAGUUGUUGGAGCCUCAAAUGUUCUUGGAUGCACUUCUGGAUGUCAAGCUAUUGCUGAUACUGGUACUUCAUUGAUCGCUGGACCAAAAGCUCAAAUUGAAGCGAUUCAAAAUUACAUUGGAGCUGAACCACUUAUCAAGGGAGAAUAUAUGAUUAGUUGUGACAAAGUUCCAACUCUUCCAGAAGUUUCAUUUGUCAUUGCUGGACAAACUUAUUCACUUAAAGGAGAUGACUAUGUUUUGAAGAUUGCUCAAGGUGGAAAAACAAUCUGCCUUUCUGGUUUCAUGGGAAUUGAUUUGCCAGAAAGAGUUGGAGAACUUUGGAUUCUUGGAGAUGUUUUCAUUGGAAGAUAUUACACUGUUUUCGAUUUCGAACAAAAUCGUGUUGGAUUUGCGCAAGCCAAGACAGCUGAUGGAUUCCCUGUUUCACCAGCAGUUAAGCCAUUCAAUGCUGCUAAAUAUUUCGAAGAGGAUGUUGAAUCAUCUGAAGAAAAUGAUGAUACUUUCUAA